UUUACUUCAGGAAGCGUUGUUGAACAAGUACGUUGCCUGCCAUCAAACCGGUAUCUUUAAUGAUCCGACAGGCACUUUUUCAUCAGAUAUUAAAGUAGUUAGACGCAUUUAUUUGCUUUGAUGAUGUUAUAUUUCAGUGGACUUUCUGUGGCGCUGGCCCUGGCGCUCGUGCCGAGCUAUAUUGAUGCUUUGAAAGAUGGUGAAUGUGAAGUUUGUGUGGGAUUUCUGGACCGGUUUCGUCAGUCACUAGAAGACAAUGAUGUUAAAUUUGACAGCGACACCAUUGAAAAAGCUAUUCUGAAAGCUUGCAAAGAAGCCAAGGGGAAAGAAAACCGCUUUUGUUAUUAUAUAGGUGCAACAAGUGAUGCAGCUACAAAAAUAAUCAAUGAAGUUUCCAAACCGAUGAGUUAUCAUGUGCCAGUGGAAAAGAUCUGCGAAAAACUCAAAAAGAAAGACAGUCAAAUCUGUGAAUUGAAAUACGAUAAACAUGUUGACUUGAGCACAGUCGACCUGAAAAAGCUGAAAGUGAAAGAUCUAAAGAAAAUUUUGGAGGAAUGGGGCGAGUCCUGCAAAGGAUGCGUGGAGAAAACCGACUUCAUCCGCAAGAUCAAUGAACUCAUGCCCAAAUAUGCACCAAACGCAGCCAAGGCAAGGACAGAUCUGUAACUGCGCAUGGAAUUAUGGGAUUCAGGCAGCGGCCAAAGGCAUUUAGGGUGGACUAUGUGACUACCUGACCACCUAACACUGGUGGUUUGCAUUGUGCUGUCACUUUACCAUGUUCUCCUGGGGUAAACAUCAAGAAUUAAAGCGCACACAUUCCCAUACAAAUUCAACUUUUCAUUUAUGACAACCUUGACUAAGAUCCACCACCACCUAAUGUUAUGGUAUAUUUUGACACACUUUGCAUAGCUUAAAUAUAUAAAUAGGUUUUCCUUUUUUUUCUGAGGGGAUGGGCUUUCUUAGUUAUAUUAUUAUAUUAUAUAAAAUAGAUGGAGAGAGUCUUGCCUUCAAAAUGUGUGGGUCAGUUUGAAAGGAUUUGCUGUAAAAUGUGUUUGAUAUCCGUAUACCAUCUUUUUCAAUAAAAGAAAAAAAAGUCGUCAUUUA